AUGGACUCUUGUUCUGAAAUGGUUUCAAAUCCGGAGUUCAACGCAGCAGUCUCUCAGAUUUCUUCCGUCAGCAAUGGUGAUUCCCCCUGGAUUACAUCAGUUACGGAUCAGCCGGAGGCCCUCGAGACAGACAAGCUAUUCUUGCCAGAGCGAGAAAACACCAUCCAGUUCAAACAGACAGAGAUCGCUAGAGCGCAACGAGAAGACCCAACGACAAGUCGGGUUCAGUGGUAUGUACGGGCGCGAAAGAAACCAACUCUCGAAGAAAGGCAACAAGAAACCCCUGAACUAAAAAAAUACCUCUGGGAGUGGCAUAAUCUCAUGAUCGACAGGAAGACCGGUAUUUUGUAUCGAGGCCAGCAACUUGUACUACCAACGAAGUAUAGAUCGUUAGUAUUUCGAGAACUACACGAGAAAAUGGGACAUCUUGGUCCAGAACGCGUUUUCAACCUUGCAAGGGAACGGUUCUAUUGGCCUGGAAUGAAGAACGAUAUUGAACAUUUUAUCACGCACGUAUGUAGUUGUGUUAAACAGAGAAAACCCACCUUUACCAACAGAGAACCACUUCACUCCAUUUCUACGUCCGCACCAUUCGAACUGGUAUCAAUUGAUUUUGUCCAUUUAGAGCGAAGUUCUGGAGGGUUCGAGUAUAUACUGGUCAUAGUCGACCACUUUACCAGAUAUACACAAGCGUAUUCAACACGGAACAAGACCGCGGCCACGGCAGCCGAUAAAAUUUACAAUGAUUUCAUUCCGCGCUUCGGCUUCCCGUCUAGAAUACAUCACGACCAGGGAGGAGAGUUUGAAAAUAAACUGUUUCGUAGACUAGAGCAGCUCUCGGGAAUCGCACAUUUAAGAACGACACCCUAUCAUCCACAGGGAAAUGGCCAGGUGGAGCGGAUGAACAGGACUUUACUACACAUGUUGCGAACGUUACCCGAAGUGUACAAGUCUAAUUGGAAGGAUCAUGUGAACAAACUAAUACACGCGUAUAAUUGUACGAAGCAUGAAUCUACUGGCUUCUCCCCGUUCUUGCUACUAUUUGGUAGACCGCCUCGUCUUCCCAUUGAUUUGAUGUUUAACUUAACAAGAAAAGAAGAAUCAAUCGGUUAUCCAGCUUAUGCCAAUAAAUGGAAGAAAGCAAUGCAGGAAGCUUACAUGUUAGCAUCCAAGUCUGCGGAGAAAGCGGCGUCUAAGGGAAGGAAACAGAGCGAUAAACGCGUAAGGUCGACUGUCCUCUUACCUGGUGACCGAGUGCUUGUUCGGAACCUAUCACCACGCGGAGGUCCAGGCAAAAUACGAGCGUUCUGGGAAGAGGAGAUUCACGUAGUGGUAUCGAGGAAGAAUCCCGAGAGUCCUGUUUAUGAUAUCAAACCCGAAUCAGGAAAGGGAAAGAUACGCACGUUGCACAGAAAUUUAUUGUUACCUUGUGAUUAUUUACCGACAGCAACGCCAGAGACGAAGCGGGUAGAGAAAGUGAAAGAACAGACCCCGAUUAUACACACCUCAGAGGAUUCAGAAUCCGAUUCGGAGGGGGAGGAGGAGAUUAAACCGAGAAGAUGA